UUUCUUUCAGGUUAAGGGAGAAAAUAUCGGAUAUUUCAGAUAUUUGUAGGCAUUUUUAUAGUUAUUAGUUUGUUGUAUUUAUCUAUCAAUAAGAAUAAUCGCAUCAAACGAUAAAUUGUGAGAAAAAAGGUCAGUCCAUCAGAGGUGCAUCAAUAUAACAAACCAAUUCACAAUCCUACAUAAAUAUAAUGUCAAAGAGCUCAGUUGGUGGCAGAGGAAGAGGAUGGUUAAACUUGAAUAGAAAUCAACAUGUUCCUGGCAAUAACGUGGGCCCUGUUCUUAGUAAUACAUCCAACAACUUACAUUCGCCCCCAAUAGAUGAUAACCUGUUUGUGGAUGCCCCUGAAUAUAAUGAUAUCAUUAACAAAGUCAAGGAACUCAAUAUCAAUGAUGAUGGUAUAAAAUUUAAUCAAAAAAUUAAGUACAUUCUGGAGAACUGGAAACAGGACUGUCAAACAAGUGAAGAAGUUGAAAAAAGUUUUGACAAUCUCUAUCAAGCAUGUUUGAGUGAUGAUGAAUUGGCAUCUAAGCUUGUUAUUAUGAUAGCAUCUAGAUCUUUUAUUACCCAGGAGAUUCAUGACAAAAAUAUUCGUUUACUCUUCCUACGUAAACUCCAAAACAAUUUUGAAGGCAGUAAACUAUUGCAAUCUACCAAUCCAGUAGCUUUUCGAAAUAGUGUUAGAAUAUUGGGUGAAUUCUUUAACAAAGCACGCCUUGCUAAUGGUGAGUUGUUUACUUUUAUGGCAGCUCCAUUAAUAGCCUAUCUGGAAAUGCUUCUGGAAUCUGGAAGUUCAGAGGACCUUCAAUUGUUCACAACACAGCUGUUCUUGAAUGGAUCCUCUAUCAAAUCAGAAUCUUCUGAUAAACUCGUUGAACUCUUGAAUAAUGCUCGUUUAUUACUGGUAUCCGAUGAGAAUUUAACUAAGGAGAGUAAGUUGUGGUUACUCCUUUCUAUUGAUGUAUCCAGCAGCAGAUUUGGUCUGCUUCCUGGCGAAUUACAUAAAUUCUAUCUAGAACAAAUGGGUGAUACAGCCAUGGCAAAUUUCCAGGGUACACCAGCCACCCUCAGCGUACAAACCCAAGACAACAAAACCCUAGAGAACUACCAGAGCAACGUCAACGUCCUGCAGCUGUCUAACAAACUGGAAUCCAGCACCACCGAACAGACAUCACAAUUAUCGACCUCCGACAUCAACAAUUCGACUCUAGGGUACUCGAGUAGCAGCGGGUUCGUGUCGGACUCCUCUAGUCAAAAUUCGAAUCUAAACAGGCGGGAGGCGUCCCAAAAUGCGGGGAAACCCGGCAGGCCCAUUCUGGGAGCUGGUGCCCGACUGAACAAAAGUAAAACCGCCGAUGAUGCCAACUGGAGGGAGCGCGACAACUCCAAAGGGUGGAGUAGUAAGCCGAAGGGUGGGGAUUGGGGGGACAAAAAGAAGUCGAAGGGCUGGGAGCAUGACGAUCGCUUCGAGAAUGACUAUAGUUAGGGUGAUGGUGGUCGGGUAGAUUUUUUUAAAGUGAUUAGCUAUGGUUGAAGUGGAACUCGACGUACUUUUGGUUUUGCUUCUAUCGAUUAUGAUAUUUGUGGACACAGUAUUGUGCAUCGCCGAUUAUGAACAUGGUAUGAGAAUCUCACACAUACAAAAAAUGGACCACGACACCCAAUCGAACAUCAUCGGAAGAGAAAAAGAAUAUUUCAAAAAGAUUGAAUUAUAGUUUUUAGGGAUAUAUCUUCAGAACUGUUUCACAAGGUAUCCGUGUGAGAGAGGUCAACUCGUUGCCAACAGCCAAUUUAAAUAAAAGGCUAGAUGAUUGUUGGAAAAAGGCUAAAUACAAGACAUCUGACCAUGGACUCCGAUUCUGACAUUAAAAGUUCAAGUCUAGAGCCAGAUCUAGAGCUAGACUCUACUCAAGACGACUCAACUGACUCUAGUAGUAUCGACAAAGUUUAAAGUAUGGAGUACAAAAUCCAUAGAAAUACAAACAAUAUAAUGAACUAUCUAUAGGGAUAUUAUAAAAAUGAAAAUAUUGUUGAAGAAAUUCAGAAUACAAAAUAGCUAUUGAAAAUGGCUGAAUUACUGGAUGCAAUUUUUAGUAGUUAGAUGAGUUUGAAAAUGGCUAGAACUAGCCAUAAAAUGGCUGAGUUGGCAGCACUGCUCGUUAACCCUAUACUACUUAUAAUGUCAUUUUGUAUUUUGGGACCCAUGUUUUGAAAUAAGUGCGUCAACGUGUGAAAUUUAAUAACUUGAACAUGACUCAUCAUUUUUUUGUUCAAUUAAACUCAAAAACUGUGAAUUGUUAUGUUGAAGUAAUGUACCAAAUUUGAAAACAUCAUCUUAUUAAACACGGAUUUAAAUUUCAAAUUUCGAUAUCCAGUAUAUCAAACAUAGAGGCCCAAAAUUAGAAAUAUAUAGAAGUUAUUUUAUUACUAUUAUUGAAGGAAUAUAUAGUUAACAGAUUGGCCUUCUCUUCACGGACACCCUGUAUGAAGUAAAAUAUACCCUUGUUUAGAAGUUCAGGACAUUGCAAAUUAUCUUUGGAAGAAGUUAUUUCAUAUUUAUUAUAUUAUUUUUCAUAAUUUUCUGACAGUUUUUGUCUACAAAAGAUUGGUCAAUUUUUUUAUACAAUGUGUCCCUUUGUCCUGACCUUUUCCGUCUUUUACCCCCAAAUACAAUUUUAACAUGUGGAUUUUACAGCUGAUUUUAUCUUGUUAUUCCAUAAUGUUUUAAUAUUUUUAUUAUUUUCAGUCAAUUUUUGUCAACUAAAGGUGGAUUGAUUUUUUAUGCAAUGUGCCACUUUGUCCUGACCAUUUUUAAACCCCAAAUACAGUUUUUACAUGUGGAUUUUACAGCUGAUUCAAUCUAUUUUUGAUUCUUCAUUUUGAUCUUGAUUUUCAUCAAGUAUUAUUGUGAAUUUAUGACUGUGAGAGAAUUCAGCGAAACGUUCCGUAAUUAAAUACAUCGCUAUUUUCCCAUUUUGGCAGAAACUACUUUCAGCUUUUUUCAAGACAAAGUAAGUCUAGUGGGAUACACUAACGCAUAAUGAUUAUUAUCACAAUAAUAAUUGUCAAAUAAUCAUUCUGUUAGGACUGAUCGCGUAUAAAAGAUAGUCCUAAGUAUUUCAGCUUGAUCUAUUUUGAUCUUGAACAUUUAAAUUCAUCUUCAUAUACAUAUUAUGGUAUGAAAUAGUUGUGUGCAAACAAUGCUGAAUCCUCUAUGGUCCAGGGAAAUUAGGAUUUUAGGAUAGGGAAUGAUUUUAUACCAUGGUAUUAGUUUGGUUUCAAGUCUACAUACAUAUAUUGGUGUCCUGAAUAACGUGUUGAUGUCUUGUAGGUAGGAAGCUACACCAGAUAUUUGGUAGCAAUUUACUCGUCGAAAAUCUUGCUUCGCGUUGGGUUUUUGCGAUUUACUCUUUUCCUAUCGAUUUUACAACCAAACGAGAUCAAUUCAAAUAAAAAGAUACGAUAAUUCUACGAAAAAAAGUUCCAUGCUAAUUUCAUGAUGAAUCCCCGCAAAAAAAUAUAUUUGACAAAAAAAGUAAAAUGUAUUGCAUUAGGGGAACAUUAUUAUAGAGGCCGAAUUCGGUUGGGAAGUCACUACUUUGCAGUGUGUCACUUUUCUGAUGGAUAGAUCCUUGUAUAUUUCCAUAUUAUAAAUUUGCAGGAGCAAGAGAGCUACUCAAUGACCAAAUGGGAUAAUCAAUGAUAUACACUGCCCCCCGUAGUCAACCCAUCUUGACUCCUAAUAUAAAAUUUUAGGAAACAUCGGUGAUUCCAUGACUAUUGGAGAGCAGUGUAUAUCAUUGACGAGAAUUCCCGUUAGUCAUUGAGGAUCACUUCUGUGCCUCUCGCUCCUGCGAAUUUCAGAAUUAUAUCUCCAUAAUUAGGGAAUAUACAUACAAAGGUGUAACUAUCAAAAGCUUUCUCCUAACGUAGCAACAUUUUCCAAACUAUCUCCAUGAUUGAUUUUGUCUUUACAUUUUACGUUUCUGUUUGAAAAUAUUAAAGAUAAUUUUCUUCUUCAAACAUAAUUUUUGCAAGAAUUCAUCAUAGGAAGUAUUUCUCUAGAAAGAAAAUCGAGAAAAUCGUGAAAUGUCAUUUCGAAGCAAGGUUUUUGACGUGUACCUCCUACCUCGGAGACUUUUGACACGUCAUUCAGAAUACUAGCAUACACGUUUGGCAAGAAUUAUUUAGGAUUAUCGUUUGCCACACGUGCCAGACUCGAGUAGGUGGGGCAACGACGCCCAUGAAUCGUUUAUCCAUUGGAAAAUUAUUUUUGCUAGACGUGUAUACCUGAAACCACACUAAUAAGGCAUGAAUUUUCACUUAUAUCAGUAGACUACUGACUACUAUUAUGUAGAUUGAUCUUGAAAAAUGUCAUAUUUUUUCAAUAUCUAGAAAGUGUGCCAUACUUUAGAUGUAUUGCACUUAUGCCCUUCCUUACUUCCCUUGGACAUUUAUUUUUGAUGAGCUGUUUUGUGAAGCUAUGAAAAAUAUAACUAUUUCUAGAAUGAGCACUUCUUUAAAUGUUUUAAAGGUAUUUUUGUCAGGUCCAUUAUUUUGUAUUAACAGCAAUUGCGGAUGAAGAGAAAGAAUUAGAAACACUAUAAUAACUAUACCCAUAGUAUAGAACUGAAUUUUAUGAACCUAGUUUUACAAUUAAUUGUAUUUUUAAUUCUUUCAACAUUGUUUUUAGGUAAUUUAUUAUAAUAGGAGCCCCAAUUUCAGAAUAAUAAUUGUAGAUCUAUCUCUAUAUUUUUACUUUUACACUGAACAUACUUUUGUCAUUUGUAAAUAUUGCAUUUUUUGUAAAUAUUUCAAUUAUUUAUAAAUUGAAUACUGUAUGUAGGUUAAUUAUAAAUUGAUUGACAAUUAUUUGCUUAAUGAAAUUUAGAUGAUAUUUCCUCACUGUUUUAAAAUAUUAUAUUUAUCAUCAUUCAUGCCUGAUUGUAUACAAAAUUGUUUUCAAUAUUCAUUAUUUUGUUUCAUCAUAUUUUAUUGAAUCUGAAUUAAAAUGG